UCUUCAGCCGCGGGCGCGAAGCGGUCCCUGUUGCUGGCGGGCCGUGGUCUCGUGUCCUCGCUGCCGGUUCCGCUCCCGUUCCCGGAGCCUCCGGGCCCAGCAGCAUGACGUCUGCCUUGGAGAACUACAUCAACCGAACCGUUGCUGUUAUCACUUCUGAUGGGAGAAUGAUUGUGGGAACACUAAAAGGUUUUGACCAGACCAUUAAUUUGAUUUUGGAUGAAAGCCAUGAGAGGGUAUUCAGCUCUUCACAAGGAGUAGAACAAGUCGUAUUAGGAUUAUACAUCGUGAGAGGUGACAAUGUGGCAGUCAUUGGAGAAAUUGAUGAAGAGACGGACUCUGCACUCGACUUGGGGAACAUCCGAGCAGAGCCUCUGAACUCUGUAGCACACUGAAGACUCAGCAUGUGCUUAGAUGGUUGUAAAUCCUGUACAGAAACUGCUUGUUCUGAAAUGGUGUUUAGAAUUUUUUAUGAGUGUGUAAUUGUGGAUUUUGACUUUGUGUUCGUGUAUUGUAUUAUGUAAAUUUAAAUAUUUCUACAUUUUUAUUGGGAAACAUUGCCUAAAUUAAUAAAUGUGGUUGCCUCAUUUAUUUUUCUACUAAAUGAUAUAAAAAUCUGAGGAUCAUUUUGAAAACUUAGGAAAUACCAUUACUUUUGGUAAUUUAAUAUUUAUGGAAAAUUGGCUGUAAAGAGAACAUAGACUAUUAUUGUAACAUACGUGCAAAUAAUAGUAAUAAAUGAGACGUGUUUCUUUCUGUGUUUUUUUUUUUUUUAAGAAAGUCACUAGACUUUUAGUAUCUGAAAACAGAUUUUGUAUGUAUCAAGUACCGUUGUACUGCUGAAUCUUUUAAAAAAGAUAUCGGGGUAUAUCCGCCAUUAAAGGAGAUUGUGUUCAGUGUCGAGGGUAUUUACUUAAAUCCAGAGCAGUGCUCUCCUGCCACACACUGUUGGUCUGUUCCAUGAAGCUGCUUUCUUGACUUUUCAAAGAAUUCACAGAAGCAGUGUUGUAGGUCAUGUUUAUAUACUUUAAGCAUUCACAAAACUCAGUGUGUGGGCCAAAUGGGUAUCUUUGGAUAGAAUAGAAAAAUGUGUACAUUCUUGCAAUUCAAAUAAAAUCAAGUCUUUUUAAUG